AGCUACACUGUGAAGAUGACUACCUUCUGAAGCACAAUUUUUUUGGCAGUCAUUGGCAGUCACUUUCUGCAAGAGGCUCUCUGAGUUGUGUAAGUGUCUCUUUAUGUGGUCGCGAAUCUUCGGUGGAGAGGAGGCUGAAAACUGGGACUAACUGACUUUGACUGGGACUAGUUGACCUUGAAUGACUUCGCCAGUCUGGCACUAGGAAGCGCACGCAUAUUGUGCAGGUGAGUUCCUCUGUCAGCACCGUCACAACUGUCCAGCCAUAACAAUGACGACGUUGAGGUCCACCCUCCUGGUCAGUCUGUGUCUGACCUGUGCCCAUCUCCUUGACCCAGCGUCUGGUCAGCAGCAGCAGGUGGUCAGUGCUCCGUCCGGCUCCUACAUGGGCUCCACUCUCACAGCGUUCAACGGCAUGGAGUACCUGGCAUACCGCGGGAUUCCUUACGCCGAGCCGCCCACCGGCGACCUCAGGUUCCGGAAACCUGUCGCAAAGACCCCUUUGAGCGGAGUUUACAACGCGACGGAGUUCAAACCCUUCUGCCUUCAGUUCCGACCCGGUCUCUUCGGGCAAGGCGUAGAAGACUGUCUUUACCUCAAUGUCUACACACCGACCUCUGACCCCAGGCGGAAACCCAGGAAGGUGUUUGUGUUUGUCCACGGAGGAGGUAAUCAGAACGGCUUCUCUGACCUCUAUGUCCCCGGGUCACUCGUGUCCUGGUUUGACCUUGUGGUUGUGACCUUCAACUACCGUCUUGGCUUCCUGGGCUUCCUCAGCACUCAGACGCCGGCCUGCCUGGGGAACUUUGGCCUGUGGGAUCAGAUCACGGCUCUGAGAUGGGUGAAGGACAACAUAGCGUCCUUCGGGGGUGAUCCUGACGCGGUGACG